AUGAUUCGUCGCUAUGGCGUGUCCCUGGUUUACCGGCUCAGUGCGAGGCAAUGGGCGGGCUUGAUUGCGGCCGCGUUACUGCUCUAUAAUUGGCAGAUUUUUUACCUACAAUAUAAGAAAACAUACUCGGGAACUUUUUCAAGAGAUAUUACAGUGGACAGGGACAAAUAUGGAAGUAAGUUGAACAAGUUUUCGGAUUGAAAAUGGGAUUUUUUGAUUUCAUUAUUUUUGCACUGUGCGAAAUUUCGUUUUUGUUGUAAAAUACGACGUGAUUUACUAUUUUUCUUACAGUUCUUUGAAAAUUCUGUCUUUAUAGAGUCCAACUUACUACCUAGAAGACCUUUAAAUUACUUUUUCCCACCUAAAAUACAAAUUUCCGCUAAAAGAAAAAAUUUUGCACAGUGCGAAAAUUUCGUGGGUAAAAUAUGAAAAAACAACUCAUAAUUUAAUUUUCAGAACUGCCAGUUCGCGUAGUAGUAAUUCAAGCCGACUAUAGCCAUACCUCUGAAUAUAUUCUACCUCAAUCUACGUUACAUUGUUAUUGUGCCUUCCACAACUACACAUUGGUCGACAUCAACCUGGCGAGAGAUGCAAAAUACGCGCAGCUAUGUGCUGGCAAAGAUGUAAGGGAUUUACUAGUCCGUCCGGAAAGCGCCGGAAUGAAAUCGGCGAUGCACUCUGCGAAAACGAAAGUUCACUUUGCACUGUGCAAUUUUUGGCUUUUUGCACUGUGCAAUAGGCUUUUUGGGGCUGUCGCUCGCUCGCACCUUGACUUUUUUCGCACAGUGCAAACUCCAAAAAUCAGUCCGGCGACUUUCCGGAAGCAUUGGGGAAAAGACAAUUGGGGAAACUGAAAAGUAUUAUUUUUCUUCGAUCUAAUUGUCGAAAUAAGAAUAAUCGAUGGCGCUGGUUUCGAAAAUUACAUUCAUUCUUUUGAUCGUUACUUUUUUCCUUAAUAGUACUGUAAAGUAAUAAUUUUUUGAAUUUUUUUGAUCAAUACUCGAUUUAGAGGUUUUCGAUAGUGCUGAUUCCGAAAAUCGUAUUCAAUUUUCUGAUUUGAAAUCAGCACUAUCGAAAACCCCUAAAUCGAGUAUUUGCGAAUAAAAUUCAAAAAAUUACUACUUUACAGUACUACUAUUAAGGAAAAAAGUAACGAUCAAAAAAAUGAAUGUCAUUUUCAAAAUCAGCGCAUCGGUUAUCCUAAUUUCGACACUUACAUCGAAGAAAAAUAAUACUUUUCAGUUUCCCCAAUCGUUUUUUCCCCAACCAUCUUUUUCCCCAAUUGACGACGCUCCGUUUUAGUUCAUGUUUCGUCGUCAUUGCGUUCUCUCACACUAUAUGGCCCAACACCCUGAGGCAAAAUGGAUUUUAGCGCUGGAUGCGGACAUGGGUGUGAUAAAUCCGAAUCGUCUACUGGAAGAGUUCCUCAAAACAACGAAUGACGUCGUAUUUUACGACCGACUGUUCAAUUAUGAGAUCAUGGCUGGGUCUUUCAUCCUGCGGAACACCGAAUUCGCGAGGAAUUUUCUCACAACUUGGAGUGAAUACGAAAAUAAGGUUCCCGAUAGCUUUCAUGGGACUGAUAAUGGAGCUCUUCAUGUAAGUUUUUAUUUUCCAAAUAUAGCAGAAUACAAUUAAGAAAGUGCCAGUUUAGCUUGCAACAGAAUGCCAAAAAUGCUGAUUUUACGCGUUUUCGCUAGAAGCAGGCUUAUUUUUUAGCGGAACUUGACUAGAUACAAAACAAGCAGUGUUGAAAUCCGAUUGGGUCAUAAUGCUGAGCCCAGUCGAUAAUUUGUGAGUCCCACCUACGACUUCCCUGAAAAUCAGGGAAAGUCAUCAAAAUGGAACGCCAAUUGGGAAAAAAAGACGAUUAGGGAAAAGGACAAUUGGGGAAACUGAAAAGUAUUAUUAUUCUUCUAUGUAAGUGUCGAAAUUGGGAUAAUCGAUGGCGCUGAUUCCGAAAAUGACAUUCAUCUUUUUGAUCGUUAUUAUUUUGCUUAAGUAGUACUGUAAAGUUAGUAAUUUUUUGUCGAUUUAGGGGGUCUCAAUGUGCUGACUUCAAAUCAGAAAAAAUAAAUUAGAUUUUCGGAACCAGCAUUAUCGAAACCCCCUAAAUCAAUUAUUGUGAAAAAAGUUUAAAAAAAACUACUGCUUUACAGUACUACUUAAGCAAAAAACUAACUAUCAAAAGAAAUGAAUGUCAUUUUCGAAAUCAGCGCCAUCGAUUAUUCUUAUUUCGACACUUACAUCGAAGAAAAAUAAUACUUUUCAGUUUCCCCAAUUGUUUUUUUUUCCCAAUCGUCACUCCCCGUAUUAAAAAAUAUGUUUCAGUACCUGCAAACUAUUGUAAAACACCCAACACUACUCUAACAUAUUUUUCAGAAGGUCCUUCUCGACGAAUUUGCCCCCAACGCGUCGCCCGGCGAAUCUACCGUUUGUCAAAAUCUUUGGAACACCUCGAAAGAUUAUGACGACCUGUUUGUCUUCGAAUCAUGUGUAAGGUCGAUUCUGGGCUUUCGAAAUGUUUUGGAGUCCAAACAAGGAAGUGUUCGGAUUUUAUCGAGCUCUAGCGGUUAUUGGGCACGAGAUGGAUGGCAAACCGAAAAUUAUUGGUCCGACGAGGACUUUAUUCUGCAUGGAUGGCAAGAACGGUGGGUUAAGAACCCCUUAUAACAUUUACAAUGUACAGUGACGGGCCUGAUCCAGUGGCAAAAAACUUACCAUUUUGUAUCCGGGAAGUAUCAAAAAUGUAGCAAAAUACCUCACUUUCCACGUGAAAAAAACUCCGAUUUCAUCCGCAAGGGCGCCCUUAAAAACAGAGUUUUUUCACUUGGAGAGUGAGGCAUUUUGCUACAUUUUUUGAUACUUCCCGAAUGCCAAAUGGUACGUUUUUUGCCACUAGAUCAGGUCCGUCACUGUUCAUUUGCCUAACCCAAAUUAAAUUUUUCUUUUGCACUGUGCAAAAUUUAAAAAAAAUGUUUUGACCGCACAGUGCGAUCAAAUUUUCAUGGAAAAAAGUUAUCCAAUUUUCUUUUCAGGCGUCGAGAAUUUGUCGAUCUCUUUGCUUGGUGGAUCUCUCCCUUCGCAGUCGAGGACUUUCCCAUCGAAAAGUGCUCGAAUAAACAUGAAAACCCCGGGAAAUUUUGGAUUUAUAAAGCGUAUACCCAUCAACCCGUCGAGUACAUUCGCAGCAUUCUGAUCAGCACAGCGACUGCAAGCUACAACGACCAUUUACUGCGACUUAAAAAGGUCGGCCAGGUUCGAAGUGACUUCGCCAAGCGACUUUCACUCUAA